GGUCACUGUAUAGUUAACAGGACUUUUAUUUGCGUUUGUUUUAAUGUUUUACGUGUCCUUCAUUAUUGUUUAUAUAAGUUAAAUUCACUUAUCCUAGCUUCUCCAGUAGAAAGUCGAUUGCGCGCGGGUUUUUUCACGUGGAAUGGGUGUAUCGAAGGGCAGCCAACUCCAUGAUCAUCAGAAAACUGCUUGUUAAUCAUUGUUUAAACCAAGUACUUCAACAGAUAUUACCAGAAAAAUUAUCAUCAAUCGGAAGGCAGACAAUGACAUCCUAUAGAGUUAUGGUUGGUGGAUAACCAUGUAGUUUUUAAAAAACAAUUUUAUUCAAACACUUAGUUAGUAGUUAGUAAAUUUGAACGGAACGGAGAGCACGAGCUGAAGCUGAACUGGAUGCGAUGAAAGUCGGAUGAAGACUGAUCUGGUUGAUCCGGAUAGGUGAUGACGUUCUGGGCGUUGGUGCUGGCGUACAUGUACUUUCCUAUGAGUCAUCAUCGUUCAUGUACUUUCCCGUGAGUCAUCCUUGGCUGGAUCAUAAUCCCGGGCGACGAUCGUUGCGGAUGUUUAUGUUAUCGUCGCUCGUGGCUUCUCUCGUUGUUUACAUUAAGCGGCAGUUGUUGCAAGAUCGUUCUGAUUGUUACGACGAUCUUGGUGGUCGCGCUAAUGGUUAACUUGAGUGAAAUGGGUGGUAGUGUUAUGUGAAUGUUUGUCACAGGUGUGAUGAAGAAUAUUCGUCACAUAACUAUAGAUCAGUAGCUUACAGUUCCAAACUCGGACGCCCUCGGAAGACGGAUGAUUGGAAAAAUGAUUCCUUUCGCUAUCAGUUUUGGAGGAAAGUACAACACGGAAGAUCAGCACCAUAUGAAUGAGGAAGUGGAUAUGCUAAAAGACUUUCGUUUCAUCUGCUGCACGCUUAAAGAAGGCUCGAGAAGUAGGAACGGAGAUAUCUACGCCCCGUCAAGGCGUCGCAAAGGAAACCUUCGGAAACCAGUCCAUCAUCAUCACGAACAGAAAGAUAACCAACCUGUAAUCCUUCCCGUAUCAACGAAAAUGGAGAAACGUAUUAUAUUGGAGAAGCGUGGUCGCACAGACGAUCAGAUCACAGAACUCAUCCUGGACAAUUGUCGCAGUACAUAUAUUGAUGGACUAACUGACAAUUUUACUGCUCUGGAAACGCUCAGUCUGAUCAAUGUUGGUUUAGUAUCACUGAAAAACUUUCCCAAAUUAAUCAAUCUAAAAAAGUUAGAACUAUCGGACAACAGGAUUUCAAAUAGUUUGAGUCACCUUACUGGAAGCCCUAAGCUGACACAUUUGAAUUUGUCAGGAAAUCGCAUAAAAGAUUUCGACGAGCUGAAACCAUUGCAAAAUUUGGGAAACCUAGAAGUGCUGGAUCUUUUUAAUAAUCAAGUUACGUUAGUUGAAAAUUAUCGUGAUAAAAUAUUUCAACUGCUGCCAUCUUUAAAGUAUUUAGAUGGAUUCGACAAAGAUUUCGCCGAAGCUCCAUCUGAUGAAGAGGAAAUAGUUGAUGAUGUGGUUCCUUCGCGCUUCUCUAUCAAUGGAAUUGAAAUCGAUCUUGAUGAGUUGGAAGAACUCGAAUCUCGGAUACAACAAAAGCGAUGUAUAGAAAAAAUGACGAUUAGCAAUGCAAUUGAUGGGCUUGAGUGCACUAUGCUACAACUUGAUAUUGCCAACAGCACGAUAAGUUCUUCUAAAACGUCUGAAGACGGAGGCGAAUUCGAUAAAGAUGAUAUAGAUGAAUUGUAUGAAGAGAUACAGCGAAAACAAGCAAUCAUUCGCGAUGAAGAAGAGCAACAUCGACGUAUGCCAUCAUUUUUCUCGAUAUUGAUGAUGUUUGUCACUUUGCUUGCAUUCAUUAACCAAGUAUAUUUUCAAAAUAUACCCCCAACGCAUGAGAAGGAUGCUAUCAAUCCGGGUUUUAUUGAAGAAGAGGACACUUGUGAAGAGUCGGAUGACGUUUCUCUGGCUUAUCUGUACAACGACGAUCUCGAGGAAGAUCAGGAAGAUUGGAAGAGUGUUGAGGGUGAAGAUGACGAUAGCGAUAGUGAUGAUGAAGACGGAAUAGAAAACUGCGAAGCGGAAGAGACAAGCAGUGAUGGUCCCGGAGAGAAAGAUGAAGAUUCAGAAGGUAACGAUGAUGAUUCUGAAGAGGUUCCGGCGGAUGGUGCCGAUCUAGGGACGGGCGAAAACCCUCUGCCUGCCGAUACAUUAGAUUCACGCACGAAAGCAGUUGUAUCAGAUGUCAGGGGUAAAAAGAGGAAACUCGACGGUACCGACAGCGAUGGUUGAUCAUGCUUGUCUAGCAAACACAUUAAAUGAGGCAUUAUUCGCCAUACGUUUCAUAUGCAACGAGACAAACUCUUUUUUACAGCCGAACACACGCUGAUUUUUAUUGUAUUUCCUUUAAUUUACGACAAUAUUGCACAAUCACCAUAUAAAAUAUCGCAUAAUA